AUGCCCUCGGGGCCGCCCCCGACGGCCGCCCUUUCCCCCCCCCGGGGAGCCGACCCCCGCCGGCCGGAGAGCAGGGGCCGUUCCGGGAGCGGGACGCUCCCGGAACGGCCCCUGCUCUCCGGCCGGCGGGGGUCGGCGGCCGGCACGGAGCCGGACGGGGCGGGCGGCUCCGGAGGGCCGGGGCGGGGGUCCGAGGCGAAGCCCCCGCUGCGGCUGCGGGAGUGGCUGGUGGCGCAGGUGGAGGGCGGCCGCUACCCGGGGCUGCGCUGGGAGAGCCGCGACGGGCAGCUCUUCCGCAUCCCCUGGAAGCACGCCGCCAAGCAGGACUACCGGCAGCCCCACGACGCCGCCCUCUUCAAGGCGUGGGCCGUGCACAAGGGCAAGCACCGCGACGGGCGGGACCGGGCCGACCCGUCGGCGUGGAAGACGCGCCUCCGCUGCGCCCUCAACAAGAGCGCCGACUUCCAGGAGGUCCCCGAGCGGAGCCGCCUCGACGUCGCCGAGCCCUACAAGGUCUACCGCGUCCUCGCCCCGCAGCAGGCCCGCGCCGCCGACAAGGAAAAUGGGAAGGAGGCCCUCCUGGAGCAGGACCGACCCUCGACCUCUGGGCACCAAGAGAGCAGAGUGAAUUAUGAGCCAAGCAAGGCCAGAAAUACCUCAGAUUCAGGCCAAGACAGCACAGACGUCCCAGCGCGGCAGAACUUGCAGAAGGCAAACCAAGAAGAGCAGCAGGGCUAUCGAAUAAAAGGGUAUUUUUACAACUGGAGCCCAGCGCAAUUUCGCUGUCAUCCGAGUCUUCGCUUCCUGAGUCCUGGGUCCCAGUACAGCUUCACGGAAAACAUCAGUUCAGAUUACCGUCUGUACAUCCGCAUAUACUAUUCAGACGUUCUGGUGAAAGAGGUCACCACCAAUUCGGCGGAAGGCUGCCGGAUCACCUACCGCCCGGUGCCAGCAGAAGACGAGCGCCUUUAUGGCCCGAGCAGCAUAGAGCAGAUCCAGUUGCCCUUGCCGGAGUCUGGGAACGGCCAGGCGGCCAGGACGGCUGGCAUCUUACAGCGGCUGCUCCCCCACUUGUACCGUGGGGUGCUCCUCUGGAUGGCCCCCGAAGGGCUCUUCUUGAAGCGCCAGUGCCAAGGCCGGGUGUACUGGAAGGGUCAGCUGGCUGCCCACGAUGACCUGCCCAACAAACUGGAGAGGGAGAAAACGUACAAGCUCCUGGACUCCCAGCAGUUCCUCCAACAAUUACAAGGCUACCUGAGCCGCGGAGAGUCGCCCCCCCAGUACCGGAUCCACCUCUGUUUUGGAGAGGAGUAUCCCGCUGCCCCUGGUCAGAAACUCCACAAGUUCAUCAUGGCCCAGGUGGAACCGGUGUUCGCCCGUGAUCUCUUCCAACACGCCCAGCGGCUAGGGUCAGGGGCGCUGCCAGGCUUGGAGUUCUGCCCUUCAGACAGUCCCGAGAACAUCGUCCAGAUGCUGAAACAGCUGUGUCCCCCUUGA